AGAAAUCAUGUCUGUUUCUUGGUAACCUUUCUUUCCUGGUGUUGUGUCAGUCAGACAGUCAGUGUGAUCGAGCUUUUGUUGUUUUGAGGUUGUGUUAAGUGAUGAUGCAAAACAAAAAUCUGUGGUGACUUCAACGCAUGUAAAUAAUGAAGUCGAACAUUUGGUCUGGUGUGUUCCUGGCAGCAGCCUGUGUAUUAGCAUCCUUGCCAUGCAGCUACAGUGGGUACAUCCCUCCUGGUCCCCGCUAUCCUUGCCCCACUGACCCGGUACACGCUCAGUUCCUCUAUCCCUGUAACUGCACUGCCGGUACAGAUGCAGGGCUCUAUGUCACCUGUGAGAAGACUAACUUGGCUUCUCUUUCUGUUGGUUUGGCUAACCUUGCCUCUGUCGGUUAUCCUGUGGAACAACUCACCAUCAGCUCUUGUUACUUUGCCCAUCUAUAUGGAGACCUCCUUUACUCUUUAAAGGUUCGAAUGCUGCGCUUUAUUGACACACCAAUCAGAACCAUCAAGCCCCUAACAUUUCUUGGGGUAAACAGAACGCUGCAAGAGCUCCACAUCAUCAACUCUUCCUUACAAGAAUUUCCAAAGGAUGCUUUCAGUAAUCUAGGAAACCUUACUGUACUGAACAUAGAUGGCCAUAGAAUAUCGGGCCUGACAAAGGAUUCUUUCAGUGCGACCAUGAUACCUAAUCAGCUCCAGCGACUGUCAAUUGUCAAUGGUCCCCUGAAAGAUCUGCCCGGCGACACCUUGGCUCCAUGCAAGAGGCUCAAGCGGUUGGACCUGCACAACAACUCCCUCUCUGUUCUACAGAGGGGGCAGUUCAAGGGUCUCCGGGAUGUAGAGUUCUUGGAUUUAUCCUUCAAUAACAUUUCUAAGAUAGACCACAUGGCAGACCUCACCAAGAUGGGUUGGUGCAAUUUUUCCCACAACACCAUUCCAGAUAUCACGAGCCGAGCUUUUGCUCGUAAUGCAGUGUUACGUUCAUUGAGUCUUAGCUACAACAAGCUGCGUAAGAUUGACUCUAGCUCAUUUCGUGGGAUGCGACUCAUUCGGCGCUUGUACUUGAGUGACAACAAUAUAAAAGAAGUAGGAAGAGGAACGUUUGACAACUUGGCACGAAUAGGAACCAUUGAUCUUGCCAGGAAUCAGAUAAAGAAAAUUGACUUCCAGAUGUUUAACAGGUUGCAGUAUGUUGAGCUUAUUGAUGUCUCUUCGAAUCUUGUAACAGAAAUAAAAAAACAUGCUUUUAAAGAACUGUACUUAGUUCAUAUUAAUCUUUCCUAUAAUGCUAUAGCAAAAAUAGAACCAUAUGCAUUUGAAAAUUGUGCAAAUAUCACUGUCCUUGACAUGUCCCAUAACAAAAUUGCCAACUUCCCUAAGAAUGCUUUUGAUGAAAUAACGUAUGCAACUGAGUUCCAGUUAUCCUACAAUUUUCUCACCGAUCUCUCACAGGUACCGCUGGCCAACAUGACAGGCAUAAAGGUACUGAAUGUGAGUCAUAAUGAAAUUGCGGUGAUUCCUCGCAAUACGUUUCCAAAGCUUUAUGAAUUGCACACAAUUGAUGUCAGCUAUAAUAAUCUUUCCAACAUUGCAGUAACAGUGUUUCAGACAUUGUUCAGUUUGAGGACUCUACUACUGGACCAUAACUCUCUAGAAGAGAUCAAGUCCGGAACGUUCGGUACUCUCCCCACACUGCUACAUCUAGACCUUAGUCACAAUCGGCUAAAUAAAGUCAACCGCCAAGCCUUUAACCGGUUGCCUUCAUUGCGUACUAUGACACUUCGGCACAACACUCUUGAGAUGCUGUUCGACAUUCCUCAGUCUCUUUCACAUAUAGAUGUCAGCCACAACUUCAUAACGUUUGAAACGCCCACAAAAUGGCCUUCUAUGAAUUCCUUGCUGUCUAUCAAUCUCAGCCACAACCUGAUUGGUGACAAUCUAGUGACUGAAAGCCUUUCACCUCUCUUGACUCUACAGAGUUUGGACCUCAGUUACAACGGAAUUUCCUUACCUCCAAAGGAUGCUCUAUCGUCUCUACCCUCUCUUCAACAUCUUAACAUGGAGGACAAUGAAAUAGAGAUAUUGGAGAAGCAAAGUUUUGGUACUCUGCCUAUCAUGUCUGAACUGAAUCUCGCAAGAAAUCAGAUUCUAACACUGAAAGAUGAUGCAUUUUUGGGCCUGAAACAGCUUAUCAUCCUCAAUCUUUCAGGGAAUAAUGUAUCUGUCAUCUCAAACUCUGCAUUUAGAGAUCUUGUUGCUCUAAGAACUCUGGAUCUGUCCCACAAUCAGAUUGAAUCUCUUGACAACAAAACCAACAGCAUUUUCGAGGAUCUUCUGUCACUUGAAAAUCUCAACUUAAGUGAUAAUAAAAUAUCAUUCCUGACUCGAAAAUCAUUUCCAAGCAGCCAGUGGGUUCCUUAUCGUCUGAAACACUUGGAUCUGAGUUUCAAUGUCAUGCCAGUGCUGACAUAUGAGCUUACGUUUGGUACCAGGAAGUUGAUUAGCCUCAACAUCAGUCACAACAUGAUAACAGAGAUUAGGAAGUCUGUUCUUGGAAACCUGACAUCGUUAGAAGUGCUGGAUCUGUCUAACAACCUUAUUGAUGAUUUAACAGCUCAGAAUGUUUUCGUUCUCCCCUCACAGUUGACCUAUCUCUCACUGGCGUACAACAGUCUACAUGCAUUUCCUCUGAAUUCUAUCCUUAAGACACAUACACUCAAGCACUUGGACCUUAGAUAUAAUCAAUUGGAACAGUUCUAUAAUGAACUUCUCCCUAUGAUUCGGAAUGGAACUCACAUAUAUUAUAAUGGUAAUCCUACAAGCUGUGAUUGCACUCUGCGUCCAGUCAGGCGCUGGGCACUGAGCCUCCUGACUCCUGACCCUGCCUGGGCAGAGUUUCAGUGUCAAGAUUCUGAGUUCACCAACACCUCCAUCAUCGAUAUUCCAGAGAAGUUUCUGGCCUGCAAUAAUACUGAGGAAGACGAAAAUGAAGACCUGCAACUCACACCAGAUGUUAAGUUCCGGCAUGUUCAUUUUCUCAAGGAUGGAGGAGUGAGGUCAACAUGGUUUGUUAAUAUGAAGACAGACGUAGCAGACUUCAGACUGGUGGUGUUGGGAAAUGGCAGUCACACACAGGAUGGAUGGAAAGAAAGUAUAUGGGAAAAGAUAGAACCGUACAAUACAAGAAGUGAUACAUUUUACACUCUCCCCAAACAUCAGGAAGGAGCUCGUCUGUGUAUCAUGGGAAUGAGCAGUGAAGGAAACACUAACCCUCUGUUGCCUUCGCAGUGUCAGUCUCUCCCCUGCAUCAGUGGCUCAGUUUCUUCCAGCCAUCAAUCUCAAUGGCCUUUUGUAAUCAGUUUAAUACUUUUAAGUAUGCGGUUUGUAUUGUGUUGAUAGUACCAGUUUUGUAAAAGGUUUAAUUGUUGUUAACUAUUCUAUAAAUUCAUUUGCUCUUUCCAUUUGUUGAAAUAUAACUACCGUUUGUGAGUUUUAAUACUCAAUUAAGUUUUAUUGUUGUGAAGAGAACAUAACUUGAUUCAAUAUUUUAAUCAAAAAGAAUAGUGCUGUAAAAUGUUGUGUCAUCAUCUUCUAGCAUUCUAACUGGUGGUGUUAUUUUGUUUAAAAACAUUUGUUGUGCAAUCAAUUUUUUUUUUUGUAAUCAUUUUUCAGUAAUUGCAUUCAAGGGAACCACUUGUCUUAUCUUAUUAUCUACAAUACUCUUUAUUUCUCAGGUUCUAUAACAGACAUCACCUAACAUUUUUACUGAAAUGGUCAUACUUCUUUAUACAUGUAGAACCGAAACCCUUUCACUAGUAAUCCCAAAACAAAUUCGGUAGUCCCCUACAUGCCGCCCACAGUAAUCCCGAUAGCCGUUUGGAAAGCACUAUACCGCUAAAUAGUUUUCACAAUAAAGUUUCAUAAUGAAUAACCGUAUAAACCAAUAUAACAACCAUAAAAAUGAAGAUGGUGGAUACUCAAUAUCAACAGUGAAAGUGCUUCUACAUAUUGUGAAGUUUUUAGUGUGUAAACAAACAAAAUACUCACUAACUACCUACCAUGAUUGCACCAAACUACUGUAAGUGUAACUUAACUAUAAAAAUAGGCAAGACUUUAAGUGCUCAAUCAAGAAUUUAAACAACUAAACAUGACAUCACAGUACUGACCUACUUUGACGGACUGCAACUACUUAUUCAUAUAUACCUAAUUUUUUAAUAGUAAGGCACUGCAACAGUGCACCUUUUGCAUUAAUAAAAACAGAAGAAUUCAAGUAUUCCAGUAACCAAUAAAAUGCACUAGAAGGAUAAACAAUCACUUUUGUGACAUCACUCUGCAACUUCGAACUCAUAGCUAGUAGUGACGCAAAAUUUAAGGCGUAUCAGUGCUCAGUAACUCAACACCUGCUGCCAGAGUGCAAGUGUGUCCCAUAGACUGGGAGUGUUGACUGGCAGUUUCUGAUACUGCAACUAACAUUUGGCAACAUACAGACCUGACCAAAGACCAACAUGGGUUCACGGCAGGCCACUCAACAACAACUGCCUUGAUCACACUAGUACAAAACUGAAUACACCAAAUAGAAGAUGGAAACACAAUUUAAGCAUAUUUUUGGACAACUCUAAAGCAUUUGACUGCCUAUACGUUAAUAUGCUAAUUAACAAACUAAAAAUGAUAGGAGCUGAUGAUAUGGCCUCCCAAUGGUUUAAAAGUUACUUAGAUUGCAGGACACAAAGUAGUUGAACUAACUCAAUCCAACAAAGGAGUAAUACAAAAAUAUAUAGAACAGACUCAUAGUAGAUGACGAAGGGAGUUCCACAAGGCUCAAUUUUGGGACCCAUCUCUCUCUCUCUCUCUCUCUCUAUAUAUAUAUAUAUAUAUAUAUAUAUAUAUAUAUAUAUAUAUAUAUAUAUAUAUAUAUAUAUAUAGAGAGAGAGAGAGAGAGAGAGAGAGAGAGAGAGAAACAACCAUAAGAGCCACCAUAUAUAUAUGGAUAGAUUUAUGGUAUGUAUAUAUAUAAAUAUGUGAACACUUGAUUAUUUUCAUAAGAAUGACCUUGGCAGAAAAAAGUACCCAGCUGAUUUUUGGGAAAAGAAGGAUGACGUAGUUGCAGUAUCAGGUGUUCAAAGAGCAGUUUCGGCCAAGUACCUGGGUGUAACUAUCGAUACAGAUUUGUCAUGGAACCUACAAGUAGACGCAGUAUGUGGGAAAACCAGUUCCGAGGUUUAUAUUAUUAAAAAGGCUAAAAUGCCUAUCUGACCACCUUGAAACACUAAAAAAUGCCUAUUUUUUUCUAAUUGAAACACAUAUUUGUUAAGGUCUCAUAAUCUGUGGCGACUCCACUAAACACAACAUUCAAAGAGUGUUUGUCAAGCAAAAGAGGGCCAUCAGAACCAUGACAAACUUGGGGUCUUUAGACUCCUGUUGUGAGGCAUUUAAAGAAUUUAAAAUUUUGACAGUACUUUCGCUAUAUAUCUGAGAAACAAUUCUUUGUGUAUCGGGAGUCUAUGUGCCUUGAGGAGCUAAUACCCACGCGUACUUCACCAGAGGCAUAACCAAUUACAUGUUACCAAUUCACCACCGCACACUCUUUGAAAAGAAGCCCUCUUACAGUGGAGCAAAAUUUACAAACAACCUAUCAGAGGAACUCAAGACUAUCCACGAUCUCAAGAACAAGAGAAAGGCAAUAACCAGGUGGCUAAAAGACAACACAUUCUACAGCAUGGAAGAGUUUAUGAGAUGGAGGGCUUAUACGAAAGAGCCACAACAUAGCACAUCAUAGUUUGAUACACUCACUAGUAUCAUUCUAUACUAUGCACUGACACAUUUUCUAAACUUGAUGUUUAUGACAUAAAGAGUGUUCUGAUUCUGACUCUGACAAUCUCUCACCUGACUAUAUUUGCAAUCUAUCUUAGAUAAGAGACACUUUCUAGUAGUUUUCAUUGUUCCCACUAGAUCACAGUUACUUUCUUGUUUAUUUCUUUUGCUGUUCUGUCUGACCCAAUUUACUGCCAUAUGACGGUAUUCAAUAAGUUGUUCUAAGUAAUCAGCUGAUUCUUUUUCUGUUUGUGUACAAUUCUGGAUACAUGUUGUAACCUCACUUUUACGUUAUGGGUUAUAUAUUUAUUAUGUAGCAAUAUCCUAUUUUAUAUUCAUAUUUUAUAAAUAUAAUAACUUUUAUGCAUAAUUAGAAUAUUUAUAUAAAAAUACGUCAAAAUACCACAAACAUGUUAAAUUGAGCGUUUUUCAUAACACCUCUCCAUGAGUAAAUCCAAAUCAACUACAAAAAACAAAAUCUAAAAGUUAAAAAUCUCACUUUUUGGGUACUCUUACAGAGAAAAAAUCCAUUAGUCAAAGGCUUAAAUACCGUUGUUUCACUUUUAUAGAAUUUUGUAAAAAAAAUCAUUUUUGUUCCAAAAAAGUUAUAAAUAUUUUAAAUUUUAACUCUUUUACAAAAUUUUGGAAGGAAGCUUGUAUAGUUGAUUUUGUAGGCUACAAAUAUAAUUAGUAGUAAGUAGAUUAUGGAUGAAAAUCAGAUUGAUAUCCCUAAUGGUUUUUGAGAUAAUUAGCUGAUCAUACAAACAGAAUUUAAUUUUGGAAAAUAGAAGGAAACUAAUAUCUAAGUAAAACCUUCACUUCUUAGUACAGGUAGUUCUUAUGCAUUCUUAUACAUUAUUUUCAAUACAACCCUGGGCCUUGGUCUUCUUCAUCGUUACAAUUGUUUUUAAGUGUCCUUUAUUUAUUUCCGUUUUAAGUUUUAUUCAGUGUGUGACGGUAUGAUACAAACUUCAAUUUUAGUCAUUAUCAACAGAACUGGGCUAUCCACAAUGAAUUAUAAGUACCCCCUUUGUCAGACUAUAUGCUUGGCAUCUAAAUCUUCAUGGUUGUGACGAAGCCCAAUACUUUGUAAUAACUUGCACUUUCCUAUGUGACCUUCAUUAAAACUUCUUAUAAUAAAUGUAUUCUUUCAUAUCCUUUUUAGGGUAGAAAGUCUCACGAAAAAUUUUGUUCGGAACAUUUAUCCUAACUUUUUCUUACAUUAUCUAACAUUUUCUAGCAACUAUAGUGUAGCUGGAUCCCUAAAGAUGGGUUUCACAAAGUUCACUAAAAAGAAUGGAAAUUAAUUUUUUUCCAUAAUUUCCUUUCUUUAUUGCCAGUUCCAGGGGAAAUAUUGUAUUUAUGUGCUCCAAUUUGCUAUACAUGGUACUAUAAAUAUUAUUUUGAUCACUUCUAGUGUAUAUAUGUAUAUAAAUGAGGUACCAAAUUAAAGCUGCAGAAUGCACUAAAGUGAUCAAUAAAAAAUGUCUAUUAUUUGUGAUUUUUUAUUAAGUAGCCAUCUUUAAUAUCAGAAUCUUAUAUCUAAUACCAGAAGUUAUAGUACUAUUUUAUUUUUUAUUUGAUCAUAGAAAAUGAAUAAUUGUGAGCUAUUUAUAUUUUUUACUGUUCCAUAGCAAAUAUGUUUUGUAAAUUAUUUGUCUAUUUUGUGAAUAAUAAUGUUAUACAUCUAACUGUGAUUAUGCACAUAAUGAAAAAAACACUCUGUAUAUGUAAAUAAAAAUAUAUUCAUUACAAUAUUAUGUGAUUUAUCCUGUAUUUUUCUAAGAUGUAUUGUUAUAGUACUGGAAUACUAUUUUUGCAUAACAAGUAUUUAAUAAUUUAUUUAGAAAGUCUGUUUUGUAACUUUUGUAAAUAAAUAUAUAUAAUACUGUU